AUGAACGUUGGCAGUCACCUGGAAACACUUCGCGAAAAAAAAGAGGAAGAUGCUGCUGAUUUCAUUCGAAUUUGGUUCUUAAUAUAUAUCUGUGAUCAGCAUCUUUCGACCUUGUACGCUCGGCAGGGUGAGAUGAGAGAGGACCGGGCCAUCGAGCACGCGGAGUGGCUUGUCGAAUCAUCUACUGUGACUGUCGGUGACCAGCGGCUGGUAAGCCAAGUCACUCUCUUGACCAUCAUUCACAAGAUUCGUGCUUUCUUUGCCACCAAUUCUGGGAAACCAAUCCCCACCGUCUUCGCCUCACACAUAAGCUCUUUCUCUCGCCAACUCGAUCAGUGGCUCGGUCGCUGGUCAACAACCUUUCCAGAGGUUCAAGAGGGUUUCGGUACUUUCCCUAGAAAGGGGUGUGUUUUUCACUACCAGUUCGCUAAGCUCUAUUUGUUAUCACAUGUUUUUCAUGGACUGGGCUGUUCUCCCAUUCCGUCCGAGUUUUUAGAGGCAGCUCAUGGCGCCACUGCUGCUGCCAUGGCUAUCUUGAACAUUAUCAUCACCGAGCCCGUGGUGCGUGAAGCCCUCGUCGGGCUGCCUUCCUAUGUUCAAUCCAUGAUUGGAUUUGCCUGCAUGUUCCUUAUGAAACUCAUAACCAACCAUGGAAACCAAUUGGUAGAUAGAUAUCAGUUUAUAGAUCUUCUAUCCCGGCUUGUUGCGACAUAUCAAGCUACCGCCGUCAACUCGUGGCAUCUGGUACAUCACAUGGGAGAUGGGCUUGAGAGGAUGCUUCGUGCGCUUCGACAACACCCUCCCAACACAACCAUUGAUCCUGCGACAUUUAAUGAAAGCCUUCAUAAGCACGCCCAUCUCGGUCUGGACAUUAGCCUUGCCGAUUUAGGCUCAAUGGAUAUGUCAAUGGAAAACUUUCUUUAA